AUGAAAUAUAGAUUCUCAUAUUUUAUUCUGAACUUGGCAUCAGCAGCAGAAGAAGCUUAUCGAAAUUAUACAGUUGACACCAAUCCACCUGUAGAAUACUUAAAUGCAAAACUACUAAUAACAGAUGAUGAUAUCCGAGGAAUGGGAGAUGAUGCACAAAAAUUCAUGGAAAACUUCCAGUACCUUCGUGUUGAGGAUCGCCCUGAAUAUGGCAUGACCAGGGUUAAUUUGAGUCUUAGCACAAUCCACGUGCCAACUUACGUCUAUCACAAAACUCUUGAUGUUUUAAAUGGUGUUCAGUGGACAGAGGCCUUGGACAAGACUUUCAAGGAAAACAAAGAAAAUGAUUCUGACUUAUCAUGGCAAUAUUUUGGUAGUGCAGUCGGUUUUAUGAGGGUGUACCCAGGAAUAAAAUGGCCAUUAAAUAAUGAUGAUCGUAUUGACUUAUAUGAUUGCCGACUACAAGGAUGGUACAUUCAAGGAGCUGCCGCCCCUAAGAAUGUCAUCAUUCUACUGGAUUCCAGUGGCAGUAUGACAGGUUCACGUAUGAUCAUAGCACAGAGUACAGUAAAUAAAAUUUUGGAUACCCUCACUGUCAAUGACUACUUUAACAUCAUUCAGUUUGAUGAUGAGCCAAGAUAUGUUGACAGCUGCUUCAACCGAACACUCGUAGCUGCUAACUUGGAUAACAGAUUACGAUUAAAAAAGGCCAUAAAAUAUAAUGAAACAUCCAACAUAGCAAACUUCGAGAAAGCACUCAAAGAAGCCUUCAUGUUAUUUUCAGAUCAAAAUAAAAUCAACAAUGAGACGUGUUGUAAUAAAGCCAUCAUGUUAGUCACAGAUGGGGCCCCAGAGAAUUAUGAAUGGAUUUUCAAUAAGUACAACUGGAAACCCAAUUCAACUACAAAGCGUAAUGUCAAUGUGCGAAUAUUCCCAUAUCUAAUUGGAAGAGAAGUUUCUGACAAUCGACAACUAAGAUGGAUGGCUGGUGCAAAUAAAGGUUUCUACACUCACAUAUCCACACUGGCUGAUGUCGAAGAACAUGUGCAGAAUUAUGUAAAAGUUCUCAGUCAACCCCUUGCCAAACCAUCUGCUCAUACGCACAUAAUGUGGACACCAGUUUAUGCAGAUUUUAUUGCUCCAAAAACAACAGAACAGAAUAUGCGACUGGUCACAUCAGUAUCCAUGCCAGUAUUUAAUACCAAAAAUACAUCUAAUGAUGAUUAUAAAUUAUUGGGUGUUGCAGGAACAGAUGUCCCAAUAGAACAAAUCUAUAAUUUGCUUCCAAAACAUGCAAUAGGAGUCCAUGGAUAUGCAUUUGCAAUUACAAAAAAGGGAUACGUUUUAUUCCAUCCAGAUUUUCGACCUUUCGAAAAUGGUGAAUUGAAAACAAACUAUAACAGCGUUGAUUUAACAGAAGUGGAACUCACAACAAAUGUUAGUGAGGUGAAAAUUCUGGAAACAGCUAUGGUUGAUGGGCACCAUGGAAGUAUUUCUAUGAAUGUUGUUAAACAUGAUAAUUUUAUCCGUGUAGCGAAACGAAGGUACCACUACUAUUAUAACAACAUAGCAGGAUUUCCUUUCAGUUUAGCCCUGGUGUUUCCAGAAAAAUAUGGAAAUUUCAAAAUAAGUAUUCCAAGUCAAAAGCAAAAUCAAAGGGGUAUUAGUCUAAGAAAUAAAACCUUCCGCCUUUCCAGAUGGAAAUACUGUGAAAACCAAGAUGAAUCUAAUAUGUUAUCUAUGUACAAGAGCAUAAUAAGAUCAAGGAACUCCAACAAAUGUGACAAAGAUCUUGUUCAACUCCUGGUAUUUGAUGCUGAGACUGUGGUUGAAGCAACAAAAAGGUCCAAACGUGAUAAAAAAGAAGCAAUGAGGAAAGGGGUUGAAAUUGUUUUUGUUGGCACUUCUUCUGGUUUCUUCCUCUAUGAACAAUUUGUUGAUUAUCUAACAGAUGAGACAUUUUUGAGUGGUAUGCAGGAUACAAUCAACAGCCCUUACUAUGAACAGGCCGUGGAAGUAGGUCGAGCCAAAGAUGAUCAACGAUGCUAUGAUAUGGCCAAGGAAACAUAUACUUAUUCAGUUCCUGUGAAUACCGAUAUUAUCAAGAAAAGACAAGUUUAUGACUACAUGAACCUUAAUAUCACUGCAGUUACUGUCAGCGUCCCAAUUAUCAUAUGUGAUAAUGCAAGAAAUUAUAUAGUGUCUGCUGUUAGUGGCUACCAAAUGCCUUUCCACAAGUUUGAUGAACUUGUUAGUGAAACUUUUGGAUGUCCAGAUGGAAAAUUCUGUCCAAUAUAUAACAGUGAUAACUCAAAUUACACAGUUUUCUUGAUUGAUCACAAUGGCAUUAUUAUAGCAUCUAGCACAAAAACAACGGUGGGCUUGUUCUUAGGCAACACCUUUGAGCCAAUUGUGAUGGAGAAACUGUGGGACAUGGGAGUGUACAAAGAGUAA